UUGAAUUUCGCACCCGGAGUCGGGUCUCGCGAUCCUGGGCUUCCGGCCGCGACUGGAGCGGUUUCCGUGCUUCGCGACCCCGCUGAGUCGCCCCUUUGCUGCUGCACCCGCACAAGAGGCGUAAGGGAUGGCCUCCUCAGAUCUGGAACAGUUAUGCUCUCAUGUUAAUGAAAAGAUUGGCAAUAUUAAAAAGACUCUGUCAUUAAGAAAUUGUGGGCAAGAACCUACCCUGAAGACUAUAUUAAAUAAAAUUGGAGAUGAGAUCAUUGUAGUAAAUGAACUUCUAAAUAAAUUGGAAUUGGAAAUUCAGUAUCAUGAACAAGCCAACAGUUCACUCAAGGAACUCUGUGAAUCUCUUGAAGAAGAUUAUAAAGAUGUGGAACAUCUCAAAGAAAACAUUCCUCCCCAUUUGCCUCAAGUAACAGUAAGCCAGAACUUUGUUAAUGGAUCAGAUCUUGACCCCGAAGAACCAGUCAAAGUUGAGGAACCUGCACCCAUAAAGAAGCCCCCCAAAGAACAAAAAAAUAUUAAAGAAAUGCUAUUUAUAACUUCUGAUGAGUUUAAUGGCAUUCCUGCGUACAUGAAAUGCCGCUUAACCUAUUGUCAAAUUAAUGAUGUUAUUAAGGAAAUCAACAAGGCAGUGGUUAGUAAAUAUAAGAUCCUGCAUCAACCAAAAAAGUCUAUGAGUUCUGUGGUCAGAAAUCUCUAUCACAGAUUUAUCGAUGAAGAAACGAAGGAAACCAAAGGCCAUUAUUUCGUAGUGGAAGCUGACAUAAAGGAGUUCACAGCUUUGAAAGUUGACAAGAGGUUUCAUGUGAUACUGAAUAUUUUACGACACUGCCGGAGGCUGUCAGAGGUCCGAGGGGGAGGACUUACCCGAUAUGUUAUAACAUAAGGCCCUUGUGAGCUUUUGAACCAGCCAACAGUAGGGUACAAAGGCUAUUCCUAUAAGUGUCCUUGUAUGUGAUUUCUUUGUAUAUAAUUUCUUUAGCAUUUUCAUUUUCUUUGUUUCUUGUAAAUAAAACUUAAAAAAAGAAUAAAGCAUGUAUAUUUUAAAAUCCACUGCCUUAUGGUAAAUAUUGGAUCACCUGCCGUGUGAGCCUGUGUUCUAGGCAUACAGUGGAACUAAAAAAUGUUCAUAUUUAGUUUUUGUGUUUAGUGGCAGUGCUGCCAACCCCAGUAAGACAGGUGCAGAUGUGAUAAUAAAAGUCAGAGUUCAAGAAGAUCAAGGCUAUCCAGGCUCUUUGGAAUUAAAGGUCAUUAGUGUCUAAAUUCCGCUCAUAAUAUUUCAAUCUAUAGGCAAAAGUUAGAUUUAGAGAGCCCAUCCACGUGGUUCUUCUGCUGUCACAUAUGUGGUUAAGGAACAGAAUACCUGAAAUGCAUUCAGUGUAAUUCAGUCUGUAAACAUCGACCUGUAAUGAAAUUGUGAUAAAAGUAUAGUGAGAUGAAAAAUAUGAUAAAAUAAGAUGUGUAAGCAGAUUGAUAGUGGUCAGGGAAAACGAGUGGUUGGAUUGUAAGAAUUUCAUGGAAUUUCUCUCCUGCACUUCGGGAGACAUAGUCUGUCUGUGUCUUAGCGUUCUCCAGAGAAACAGAACCAAUAGGGUAUUUGUGUAUUUCUUUCUAUCUGUCUGUCUGUCUGUCUGUCUAUCCUCUAUCAUCCACCCAUCUCUCUAUCUAUCUAAUCUAUCUAUUAUGAGGAAUUGGCUUAGGUGAUUAUGGAGGCUGAGAGGCCCCCAGAUCUGCUGUCUGCAAGCCGGAGGCCCAGGAAAGCUGGUGGCGUGGUUCAGUCUGAGUGUGAAGUCCUGAGAACUAGGGGAGCCAGGCCAGAUCAGAUGAGAUGUUGCAGCUCAGCGGUGAGGCAGGAAGGAAAGGAGCAAAGUUCUCCUUCCUUUCUCUGCCUUUUGUUCUAUUCAGGUCUUGGAUGGAUGGGAGGGUGCCUGCCCACACAGGGGAGGGCAGUCUAUUUCACUCAGUCUAUUUCACUGAGUCCACUGAUUCCAAUGCUUGUCUCAUCUCAAAACAUCCUCAAAGACACACCCAGAAACAGUGUAAUCUGGGCACCUCGUGGCCAGUCAAGUCAACAUGUAAAGUUAACCACCACAAUCUAUGGCUGUGACGUCUGCUUGGCAUGCUGAGCCUUGUAGCAGAGGAAAAAGUGUCCCACCAGGCCCAGUGGCCUGGUUAACACUGUCGCUGUGAUGACUGUAGAAUACAUUAUGGGUACUACUUAAUUGUUAUCCUUUCUUCCUCCCUAAUUUAAAUGCCGGUAUGUUUAAUUUUCACGUCUCAGUUUA